AUGGACCAUCAAUGUGAUUGUAAAAAUCAUUUAUUUGGAAAUACAAAAACCGAAUUUAAAAUCUUGGCUGAAAUUGCUUUAGAGAAAAAAUUUGAAGAGCGCAAGAUUGGUUUAACUCUUCAUUUUGAACAAGAACAACGAUGGAGAUUUAACGUAAAUUUUAUUUUUGACUGUAUAAAUCAACAAAAUGGAGAUUUCAUUUUCAAGCCUACAACAAACGGCCAAGACAAUAAUGAGAACGAAUUGCAGAAUAAUAAAUUUUAUCAUUCAACAAUCUUACGCAAACCUACAUUAUGGAAAGUUACUUAUAACGACAAUGUCAACAACGACAACGAUAAAGAAGACGAGAAGUCACAAGCUUAUGUUAAUUUAUUACAAAAAUCAUGUCAAUUGUCGAUAAAAUCAAGAAAUCAAACUUUCCAAAAAAUUCAAAAUGUUUAUAGAAUCGGUAACGGUUCAAAUCAUCUUAAAGUUCCAUACAAAUUCACCUAUUCAACCAAAGACAACGACAGUAACGAAGUCAACAGAUUAAGAUCACGCGGUGGUGAUCGUAUAAUGAAUCCUUUAUCAUUCGAAUGUUCACCUAGUUUCUUUUAUCCACAAGAAUCAACAACUCACAGGUUGCUGAUGUCAAUAACAAAGCAUAAACCAAUUUUAAGACAAUCAUUGAAAUUGUCAUCAACUAAAAAAUCUAUCAUAGCCACAAGCACCACAAACUCCACCAUACCUCCACCAUCACCUAGAAACUUCACAUAUUCUCCGCCCCUUCAAUCAGAAACAAACACUUCAAGAUUAGAAGAAAAGAAAAUUUUAUUCAAAAUUCCUUCAAGAUGGGCACGGGGUCCAAGAUAA